GGCCCGGCACCGCGGGGUGACGGAGGGGCUCCGCUCUUGGAGAGCCGCGGCAGUGCCGCUCCGCGCCCGCCGCCAUGAAGAUCUGGACCUCGGAGCACGUAUUCGAUCAUCCCUGGGAAACUGUAACAACAGCUGCCAUGCAGAAAUACCCAAACCCAAUGAACCCCAGCGUGGUCGGAGUGGACGUCCUGGACAGACACAUUGACAGCAGCGGGAAGCUGCACAGCCACAGACUGCUGAGCACGGAGUGGGGAAUCCCAGCCAUUGUGAAAUCGCUCAUUGGCACAUGCAGAACGAAGACCUACGUUCAGGAGCACUCCAUCGUUGACCCACUGAAAAAAACAAUGGAGCUUAAAUCCAGUAACAUUUCAUUUACAAACCUCGUGUCAGUAGAUGAGAGGCUUGUCUAUAAACCACACCCUCACGAACCAGACAAAACCAUUUUGACACAAGAAGCAAUAAUAUCUGUGAAAGGUGUCAGUCUUAGCAGUUACCUAGAGGGAUUAAUGGCGAACACGAUUUCUUCCAAUGCUAAUAAAAUGAUAAAUCCUAUUGGCGAGUGCUCUGAAUCUUCAUUGGAAAAGCAUUUCCAUUCACUUAAGCCUGUCACUCCUUGGCUGCCCUCCUGGUGCCAUCUGUGAGGUUUGCUGUUGAGAAGAUUCUCGGUACUGACUUCAGUGAUGAGCUGUGGGAAUUUCAAGUUCAGACCCUGACAUUUGUACUUCAAUAAUACACAGUUUGCUGGUGGUCCUAUUGACUUCAGUAGAGGCUGCCUGUCCCAUCUGACUCCUUUGGUGUGAAAAAAUAAUGGGAAAACACAGCCCCAAGUCAGCUGGGUCCUUCAUUCUGGUGCCAGAGACAUUUCCUGCAAUUUUGAUCUAAGCUUACAAGUAAUCUCAGUACUCUCUUAACCUUUAAGAACUGUAAUGUCACCUGUUCCAGCAUAUUUCAUGUUGCAUGCCAUUUCUGUUAUGUGCAACUGCCCACUGAAUAGUAUCUGCUAUGUAAACAGCUUAUUUUAAGUGGGAAACUUAGAGGGGGGUGGAAAACAAUGAGUGUGGGGGGUAAAAAAUAGGUAUGUAUGUAUACACCUUUUAAAAGUUUAACUAUUCUAAAUAUUUUUCUAAAACAAAUGAUUUGAAAAUACCUUUAUAAACUGAAAUAAUUGUGGUUUCUUGUGCUUUUACAGAAGAUUAUUGCAGCUGAAAUAGCGUUUCAACUUAAGUGUGUUUGAAACUUCUGCAAAACUGUACUGUAACUUCUGAUUGAAAAAUGCAGUGCUUAAAAGUGACUUCAAAUAUUUGUUCAGCCUUCAGCAUCACUUGCCAUUUUAAAGUCAGUUUUAUCUUUUCCUAGUUUUUGUGCACUAAGGGCCUACACAGUACGAAUUCAGUUUGUCCUUGCACUGAAAAAGAACUUCAGACUACUUAAUUUUUGCAAGCAUUCAACAACUUCUUGGAAGAUUGGAUGAUUUAUUUUGUGCUAUUUUAUUUAUAUGCCUGCACUCAUUAUUCCAAGGGAUAUUGCUUUCUGUAUUGUGCUUGGUUUUUUAUUUUAAAUAAAAUGUUAGCUGCGUUC